CUUCCCGGCUGUAGGUCCGCCGCCAGCUCGGGCCUUGGCUCCCCCUCCCAAAGCCCCCUUCCCGGAGCAGAGCCCACCGCACCGCAGGGUCCCUGUCCCGUCCCUCAGCCCAGCCGCCCAGCAGAGCAGCAGCCCCGGGGCAGCCACCGCCACCCCACCUCCUUCCAGCUCAGCCCUUCCAGAACCCCCUUCCUAUACUCCCAUAUACACACACCACCCCGACCCCAGCCAUGAAUCUCUUCCGAUUCCUGGGAGACCUCUCCCACCUCCUGGCCAUCAUCUUGCUUCUGCUCAAAAUCUGGAAGUCCCGAUCGUGUGCCGGGAUUUCGGGUAAGAGCCAGGUCCUGUUUGCUGUGGUGUUCACUGCCCGCUACCUAGACCUGUUCACCAACUACAUCUCACUGUACAACACGUGCAUGAAGGUAGUCUACAUAGCCUGCUCCUUCACCACAGUCUGGAUGAUUUACAGCAAGUUCAAAGCCACUUACGAUGGGAACCAUGACACUUUCCGGGUGGAGUUCCUUGUUGUCCCCACAGCCAUCUUGGCGUUCCUGGUCAAUCACGACUUCACCCCUCUGGAGAUCCUCUGGACUUUCUCCAUCUACCUGGAGUCGGUCGCCAUCUUACCACAGCUGUUUAUGGUAAGCAAGACAGGAGAGGCAGAGACCAUCACCAGCCACUACCUGUUUGCGCUGGGCGUGUACCGCACGCUUUAUCUUUUCAACUGGAUCUGGCGUUACCACUUCGAGGGCUUCUUCGACCUCAUUGCCAUCGUUGCUGGCCUAGUCCAGACGGUCCUGUACUGCGAUUUCUUCUACCUCUACAUCACCAAAGUCCUGAAGGGGAAGAAGCUGAGUCUGCCGGCAUAGCCCUGGCCCUUGCCAGCCCUCUCCGUGACAGGGUGGGAGGCAGAGGAAAGUGACAGAAGACAAUGAGCCUUCCUGUCCAGGGGAGACUUUUUAAAGGUCCCAUCUCUCCCCGUUCCCCACACCCCUCCUGCCGGGUUUCGGGGGGGCAGUGGAGGACCCAUGUCUUGGGGAACUCAGGACCUGGGCUGUUUGUAGACCUUUGCCUUUUAGAAAAACAAAAAACAAAUCUUUCCAUUCUUUAGUUUUUGACUCUGAUGACUUGUUUCUCUUCAAAUUCCGACCCCAAUUUUUAUAAACUGUUUUCGAGUGUCCUCCGGGCUGGGGCAAGGGCCAGAAAUCUUUUCCCUUCCCCCAAGUCUCUUAGCCUCCUUCCAGAUCCUUCCCCCAAGCCCCCUGGAUGCCAAACACUACAUCUGCUGAUGCUUACCUCCCGUCAUGGCCGGGACCACAGCCCCUCUACCCCACAAGUUUCUAGUUUGAAGAUAAAGGGGGAGAGGGGAGGGCAACAAAGGUCUCCCCUGACUUUUACAUAAUAAUUUUUGCUCAGAAAAAUUAUUGGGGGUUUUUGAGUCUUAUCCUGAUUUUUGACAAAUUAGGGGGAGCUCUGGGCGCAGGUGUGGGAAGGGCGCUGGCCCGAGGGUCACCAUAGCUCUAACGCCAUGUUUUUGUACAGAAUUUGAGGUUGAUUCUUUGUUCUCUUGAAAUAAACAGAGAAAAAUGGUACCUCUCCUUUGCUGCUUGUUGCCUCCUCUCUGGUAUGUGUGGUCCUGUUCUGGUCCUCAUCCCUCUGCGUUUGCUUUUGGACCAUCCUGGGGCGGGCAGGUGACCAGAGGUCUGGGAGGAACAGGAAGAGGAAAAAUGGGGUUUCUUGGAGUCUCAGAUGCACUCUGAUUCUUCAUGGCUCCACUCGGGAAAGAGCUUUUAGAGAAAAUCUUUUUUUUUGCUUUUUUGUUUUUUAGACAAAUCUUACACAUUCUUUUUA